GCCACGCCUCCUCCUUUUCCUCAGCAGCAGCACGCGCAGGUGAGGUCGGUCGAACUGGAUUCACAGGUUUUGUCUGCAUGUUUUUUUAAAGACUGUUCAUUAAAGCUCCUCACAAGGAACUAGGCGAAGGUUCUUUUAAAUUUUUUUUUCUUCCUUCAAGUAAACUGGGCGGAACUUUUCAGCUCAUAAACUCCAAAAAAACACUCACAUAACCUGGAAAAGGAGGCAAGGAAGCAAGGAAACUUGUCGUGUAGAAUCUUCUCCAGUUGGUUUUAAAACGACACAAGAUGGAUCGGUACGGAGCCUUGGACCUGGACUUGGAGUGCGAUGGAGGAGACGUCUCUUCAAAGGCGGCGUUGUUCGGGGGCAUGUUCAAGAAAUCCUCCAAGUCUACAGAGCCAUCAGCCCAAGCGCAGGACAACCUGUCAAUCAGCAGUGAUCUGUCAAAAAGCAGCGACAGUCUCAACGACAAUGCAAAGGAAAAAGGUGGCAUGUUUAAAGGAAUGUUCAAGAAGAAUAAAUCGUCCAAGGAGGCACAGCCACACCAGGUGAUGCUCUCGCAGCAAAAUCCCGAACUUUCAGCCAGCAACGACAGCUUGGACAGCAAAUCCUCCAAGGACAAACCAGGCGUGUUUGGCACGCGAAAACGACCUCACAAACCGGGACACACCCGCAGGCCCUCGCAGGAUCUUCUGGACAUUGAUUUUUCCGCUAGUAACAACAAUGGGACAGAGAGCACCAAGGAGAGCAGCAACAUGUUUAGUGGGAUUUUUAAGAAAUCUCCAAAAAGAGCCCAAUCCCAGGAUGAUUUGUCAGAGAGCAGCGAUCUGUCAGGAGGCAACAACGGCCUCUCCGUGAACAACAACGCGACAAAGGAGGCAACUGGCAUGUUCAGUGGAAUGUUUAAAAAGUCACCAAAGCCUUUAAAGGAAAGGACUAAAUCUCAGGACAAUUUGACAGUGGACACAGAGCUCUCUGCCAGCAGCGACAGUCUUAUUGAGAAGCCAUCAAAGGGUUGUGAAAAGGACAAGUCCAAAGGCUCCAAAGAGAACCUCACGGAGAAAGACAAAUCCAAACAGAAUGGCUUCAGUGCCAUGAUGAAGAACGCCUUCUAUCCUGACAAGCAGGAGAAGGACAAAACAGGCGCUGAUGUGGAGGAGACACUGGACAAUGGAGAUAACAAACAGAGCAAACUCGCUGGAGCAAUGACCAAACUGAAUCCAUUUAAAUCUGCAAACAAAGACAAGCAGAGUGACUCCAGCGAUGAAGACACGCCCGCCAGCAGUGACAAGCCCUCCACUCACAAACAGAACGCCAUGGCGGGAGCCAUUUCCAAACUGAACCCUUUCCGUCCUGCAAAUAAGAAAGACACAGAGGACACAGAGACACUCAAAGAACCUGAGAAACAAAUGGAGGGCAAACCAAAAGCUCUCAAACCCACCGUUGACAGAGAGAGGAAACAGAGAAGUGAAACGCCGCCACUUGCACGUCGACCCGCCCAAGAGGAAAAGAGCGGGACGCAAACAGAGGACAAAGUCAAGACAAAAGCAUCUGAGGACGCUCAGGCCAACAAGGACUUGAUGUCUCAACGGAAUGAAGCGCCCAAAGUUCCUCCCAAAAAGCCUUCAGAUGAGGUAGGAGGUUCCAAAGAGAAACCCAAAGUCAAACAGAAUGGCUUCAGUGCCAUGAUGAAGAGUGCCCUCUACUCUGACAAGCAGGAGAAGGCUGACGCUGAUGUUGAGGAAACAUCGGACAAUGGAGAGAACCAGGCCAGCCACAAACAGAGCAAAUUUGCUGAAGCGAUGACCAAGCUGAAUCCAUUUAAAUCUAAAGACAAGCAGAGUGACUCCAGUGACGAGGACACCCCCACAGACAGGUCAUCCAGCAACAAACAGGCUGAUAAGGACGUGCUGUCCAGACAGAAAGCCGACAAAGAAGCUCCCAAAGUUCCCUCCCAGAGGCCCUCGCAGGAGGAGCUGAGGAGCAGAGCCGCCAACCCGCGAGUGCAGAAGAAGCAGGAGAACCAGAAGCAGAGGCAAUCAGACGAGGAGACCCCAAAAGACGACGCCGAGCGCCGAGAGGGGGAUGAGGCCAACCCAGAGGGGAGCAUACUGGGCCAGAAAAAAACUAAGCGCCACAAUCCGUUUAUGACACGCGCUGCUGCCAAGCAACAGCAAUCAGACAAAGAACUGAAAGACACCGAAGAGAAAGAAGAGGAGUCCACCGAGGAGAAAGAAAAGGAGGAUGCCAGUAACAAACCAGAACAGGUUAAAGUCAAGAAGCCAAAGAGGCACAAUCCCUUCAUGCCCCGUGUCAAGGCCAAAGUGGCGCAGAAGAAUGCACAAGAUGAAGAGAACGAAGGCGGAAACAGGUGUCUGUUUGAGAGACUGGAGGAGUUUCGUAUCGACCCAUCACAGCCUGAGGACGGACAGGAUAUGGACGGUCUUAUGCAAUGGUGGAACACUGUGGAGUCUUGGGAGGACACGCCUCAGGAUGAGGACAUGACUGAGAAAGAAGAGGCCAAGGCGUUUGCGGUGACGGCGGAGAAGGUGCAGAAGGGCAUCCGCGUCUUCAACAAGCUCUUCUCGGAGCGGGCAGAGAGCCUGUGGCAGCACGUCAUCGACCUGAACGGCAUCGCCGACAGCCUGGACAAGUUCAACAAGAACACCAAGAUCGCCCAAAUCACCGGUGGCUCCACUAGCGCCAUCGGGGGCGUGGCCACCAUCGCCGGCCUGGCCUUGGCGCCGGUCACCUUUGGUACCUCUCUGAUUGUAACGGCGGUGGGGCUCGGGGUGGCCACGGCAGGCGGGCUCACCUCGGCGGGGGCCGGCAUCUCCAACCAGGUGAACAACUCCAUGGACCGCAAGAAGGUGGAGAAGAUAGUGGAGGACUAUCAGGAGAAGAUGGUGGACCUCAACAAGUGCCUCAAGUUCAUCAAGCAGGGGAUUGAGAACCUACGCCGCUUCGACCUCAUCAAGAUGAAGAACAACGCCUACAACCGUGACUUCCCUGUGCUCAGCACCAGCUUCUACGAGGAUGGCGCCAUGGCGGGCAAAGCCAUCCUCAUCAACGCCAACGAGAUCAUGCGCGUGGUGCAGAUCGCCAACGUGGCCGGCAGCACAGCAGCCAGAGCGGUCCAAAUCGCCAGCAUGGCCACAGGGGUCCUCACAGGGCUCUUCGUGGGCAUGGACAUCUACUUUGUGGCCAAGGACUCCAAAGAACUGAAAAAGGGCGCCAAGUCCGAGUUUGCCGGAAAGAUCAGGGAGGUGGCCACGCAGCUCCACGAGGGCUUGGUGGAGCUCAAUGCCAUACGGGAGGAGCUGCAGUGCACCACCACGCCGGAGGACGGCGAGGAGGACAACACCGCAUCUGAUGAGAAGAAGAAUGAGUACAACUACGACAGUUCGGAAGAAGAUGAAAUCGACCGCAUUAAAAAAGCCAUCAAGAAGGACCUCGACAACAGAGAAUAUGUGUGAUGGAACACCUUGAAGAUGGCAUGGUAUCUACACGUACGUAGAACAAAAAUAUGGAUUAUACCAGCUAGAACUGGACUCAUUUGUAAACACUUUUAAUUCCAUAUCUUCUGCUGCAAUGUAUUUCAUCCAGAAAAGAAAGAAGAACCAGGCUUUAGGGUGUCUGGUCUUCGGGAAUCGACCAAAUCUGCUAAAAAGUCAUAAAAGGUCAACCUUCCUGCAGGCCUGCGGGGAGCAUUUUGCUGCUUGUGUGGUAGACCUUUUAGCAAAGUAACAGUUUUAUCAUUUAUUACACACUUUUAUUAUUCCAACACUUUCAGAAAUGAGUCAAUGUGCAUUAGAUUAACACAAAUUGUUGCAUUGAGAUACAUUUAAGUGCCUUUUUAUUUUGAAUUCGGCAUUGAUUACCAAUCACCUGCUAGCAAGCAAACAUUAGCGGUGACACAUGGAAACACUCCGUAUAACUGCAUGUAAAUAAAUUAAUAAAUCUAUGUAAAAAAUAUAUAUAUAUAUAUUUUUGAAACAUCUUUUUAGUUUAAUGUUGAUGUAGCAAUAAGGCCUUGACAUUGUUAGCACUGGAUAAUAACAAUCCUCCAUGCUGUGUUUAUUUACUGAAUUUCCUAUUUAUUGUAUGUCUCUUCUUCUGGGUGGAGCUAAUACAUUUUUAUGUGCAAUAAACAUGUGUACAAUAAAGGCUAUGGAAUCACUUGUGC